UUCCGAGGCGCCGCCAGAGACAACCCCGGCCCGCCCGGGGGGCGGCGGGGAGCGCACACCCGGCGCCUCUCUCUCUCUUCCCGGGAAAACAGGAGCCCGGCUCCGGCUCCGCGGGGAAGGGCGCUCCCGCCGCGGACUUCGGGCGGCAGCCGGCCCCGCGCUCCCGGCGCCUCGCCCCUCCCGCGGGUCCCCGGGGCUCCCCUCGGACCCGGCGCCCUCCUCCCCCGAGGCGCGCGCGCGCGCGUCUGGCCCCCGCCGUCCCGCCCGCCGGCGUGGAGCAGGCGCGCCCACUCGCGACGCGGCGCCAUGCAGCCCGGAGAGGAGGGCUGAGCGCGGCGCGGCCAGGGUCCCUGGGCUGGGGCCCGCGCCCCGGCUCCCCGGGGUGGGGCAGGGUGGGGGUGGGCCGAGGCGUGCACUCCGGGAAGUCUCUCGGCGGCGCGAAUAAAAGGGCGCCGGCGCGCCGUGCCGCGCUGGGAAGCCGCGCCGCCUCGCCUCGCCCCCGGCCCCGCCAAGGGCAUGGCCCCGGCGGACCCCCGGCCCUGACGCGCGCGCCCCGGCCCCGCGGAUGCCCUGCGCGCCUCGCCCCCCUGUGUCGCGGCUUCCGAGGGACAGGUGUCCCGGGAUGACGCGCCCCGACGGGAUGCCCGGGCGGGCGCCGUGGCGAGCACUCUCCGUGGUGCUGAUUCUGCUAUGGGGACAGCCGCCCACCGCGCGGGCCUGCCCGCACCCUUGCGCCUGCUACGUUCCCAGCGAGGUCCACUGCACCUUUCGCUCCCUGGCUUCCGUGCCCGCCGGGAUUUCCAGACUCGUGGAGAGGAUCAACCUGGGGUUUAAUAGCAUACAGGCUUUGUCGGAAACCUCGUUUGCGGGACUGACCAAGUUGGAGUUGCUCAUGAUUCAUGGCAAUGACAUCCCCAGCAUCCCCGACGGGGCUCUGCGAGACCUCACAUCUCUGCAGGUUUUCAAGUUCAGCUACAAUAAGCUUCGGGUGAUCACAGGAGAGACCCUGCGGGGCCUCUGGAGCUUAGUAAGGCUACACGUGGACCACAACCAGAUCGAGUUUAUCCACCCACAGGCUUUCAGCGGCUUGACGUCCCUUAGGCUCCUGCACUUAGAGGGAAACCUGCUUCACCAGCUACACCCCGCCACGUUCUCCACGUUCACGUUCCUGGACUAUUUCAAGCUCUCCACCAUAAGACACCUCUACUUAGCCGAGAACACGAUGAGAACGCUUCCCAGCGGUAUGCUGCAGAACAUGCCUCUUCUGGAGAACCUUUACCUGCACGGGAAUCCGUGGGCCUGCGACUGCGAGAUGAGGUGGUUUCUGGAAUGGGAGGCGAAAUCCAAAGGGAUUCUGAAGUGUAAGAAGGACAAAGCCUACGCAGGCGGUCAGCUCUGCUCCGCGUGCUCCAGUCCCAGGAAGCUGCAGAAACAAGAGCUUCAGAAGCUGGCGGACAUCACUUGCGAGAAGCCUUCCAUCGAGUCCCCCCUGAGGCAGAACGGCAGCCGGAGCGGCGAGGAAGAUCAGGAUGAAGAGGAGGACGGUGACCACCCCUUCCCCCCGGAGGGCUCCCCGUAUCCCACGUGGAACGUCUCUCUGAACAUGAGUGACGAGCACGGGAACACGGUGAACUUGGUCUGUGACAUCAGGAAGCCCACGGACGUGUACAGACUGCACUUGAACCAGACGGACCGUCAAGAGAUAGAGAUAAACGCCACGGUCGCCUUGGACUUCGAGUGUCCGAUGACGCGAGAAAACUACGAGAAACUCUGGAAGCUGAUCGCCUAUUACAGCGAGGUCCCUGUGAAGCUGCACAGAGAACUCACGCUCGGCAAAGACCCCAGGCUCGGCUACCAGUACAGGCAGGACGCCGACGAUGAGACCCUCUACUACACGGGUGUCAGAGCCCACAUCCUGGCUGAACCAGACUGGGUCACGCAGCCGUCCAUAGACCUCCAGCUCAACCGGCGGCAGAGCACGGCCAAGACGGUGCUGCUCUCCUACUCCUCUCAGCACGCUCUCACCCUGUCCGCCAAGGACGCGAGGCCGUCUCGGAGCAGAAGCUGGGUCAUGAUUGAGCCUGGCAGGGCCGUGCAGAGGGCCCAGACGGUCUUGGAAGGGAGCCCGUGCCAGCUGAGCUGCAACGUGAAGGCUUCCGAGAGCCCGUCCAUCUCCUGGGUGCUCCCCGAUGGCUCUGUCCUGAAAGCGCCGGCGGAAGACAAGGACGGCAGGGUCUCCAUCCUCACCAGCGGCUGGCUCAAGAUCCGAUCCACGCAGCAGUCAGACGCUGGUUUGUACCAGUGCAUCGCUUGGGUGAGGGAUGAAAUGGAUCGAAUGGUCUACAGGGUCCUUGUGCAGCCACCGGUCACUCAGCCCCCAGAUGGACACGCGGUGACCAUUCAGAAGAACCCAGGGGAGCCGGUGAUGCUGCCUUGCAAGGCACUGGCCGUACCCGAAGCCCAGAUCAGCUGGGUGCUUCCAAACAAGAGGAUAGUGAACGACAUGGCCAACACGUCCCACGCGUACGUGUUGGCCGACGGAACGCUUUCCAUCCCGAAGCUCCAAGGCGGCGACAGCGGUUACUACAGAUGCGUGGCUGUCAACCAGCGAGGGGCGGAUCACUUGACGGUGGGGGUCACGGUGAGUAAGAAGGGAUCCGCCAGGUCAUCGAAAAGAGGCCGACGCCCAGGUGGGAAGACCCUUCCCAGAGGAAGAGGAGACGUCGUGGAGGAUGCAGGGGGAUCCGGCAUAGGCGAUGAAGAUGACACGUCGAGGAGAGUUCUGCAUCCGAAGGACCAAGAGAUGUUCAUCAAAGCAGAGGACGACGCCACGGCCGGAGGUCAGAAAACCAAGAAAGGGCGCCGAAAACUGAAACCCUGGAAGACUUCCGAAACGGAACCGGAGACAAACAUCGCAGAAGGUCGCCGGGCGUUUGAGUCCAGGCGAAGAAUAAAUGUGGCAAACAAACAGAUCAAUCCCGAGCGCUGGGCAGAUAUUUUAGCCCGGGUACGUGGGAGAAAGCGACCCAAAGGAACGGAAGUACCCCAGGCCACGAAAGCCAGCACACCUCCAUCAGUGAGUCGGGAAGGGACACCCCUUUUGCCUCCUGCCCCUCCCCCUUCGGUAUCACCGGUGCAGCCCCCAGCUGGUGCAGAAGAAUCCUCAGGAGAUGUGUCUAUAUUUGGCCAGGAGGAGCAGGUUUCCAGCACUGUUUCUUCAACCAGGAUGGUUGUGGUCCCACCUGGCCCUGACGGAGUGAUUCUUGCUGACCCCAAAGUGACAACCACACACCUGGAAGAAUUCAUCGACGAUGAGUUUUCUGAGAAGACGAAGCCUGCGCCUCCCACUGAAGUCGACUCGAACUGGGCUACAGCCAUGACACUGCUAUCCAUACCUUCUGAAUCCUCUCCUAGUCUACAGGCCCUGGAUAUGGUCCGCGAAGAGCCCACCGAGGAACGCAUAGCCACAGAGGGCUGGUCUACACCAGAUGUUGCGUAUGCGUCUCCACUGGAUGCCGUCUCCGUGGCCGGGGCUGAGACUCUACCGUACUCUUACCGAGAUCUGGAGACAGAUUCACAACCAGGUGAAAAUACGGUGAAAGAACACACGUCCACACGCUUCACUCCAACGCCCGCCUGGUGGGUUGCUGACACCAGGACCUCUGAGCCAUUUGAAGAUCCCACUUUCGGGGACCCCGAAGUCCCAGCACAAACACCUCUGCAAGAACAAACAGACAGCCCGCAGCUUGUGGAAAGUGGCUUGAGCGCUCAAGGACACCCACUGACUCCCAAGGGCACAGAGGAGAAUUCUCAGACGCGACGGGAAGGAGGUCUGCUAGAGAGAGACCCCGCAAGCUCCGGAAGUCCUGAGAGUAAGAGGCACGGCGUCGAAUCCACCACCCCGCGUGACUCAGCACUGGAAGCCGUGGACAGCCUCACUGCCUCGAAGCCUCCCAGGGAAACCACACCUGGCGCUCUGUUUGGCAAGGAUGCCACCACGGCAGCAAUGAUGACUUCACCCCAAAAGGCCGCUUCACCAUCUGCGCCCACCACUCAUCCUUCUCGAAAGAGACCCCACGGGAGGAGGCGACCACGCCCCCAGCGGCUCAGACACCGGCAUAAACAAACCCCGCCCACGACUUUUGCCCCGACGGACACUUUCUCGACUCCACCGACUCGAGUACCUGAGGUGAAGAGUCCAAGCCAAGCGGAGCGGUUGCUGGUUCCUGCGUCUUGGGUUGAUGGCACAGUCGGUACCCCAAAACAGAUGGGCAUGGAGAAGCACGCAGAACCGGUCUCCAAGGGAACCCCACGCAGGAAACAUGGGAAGAGGCCAAACAAACAUCGCUACAUCCCUUCUACCGUGAGCUCUACAGUUUCUCUGCCCAAGCCCAGCCCUUCCCCAGGAAAUAAACAUAUAAACCCUGUUACCCCCCAUUCAGAAGUUGUACUUUUAUCUGCAACCGUUUCUCUCACAACUGGAGACCCACAUGAGAGAACCAGAGUGGAAGAUCAUAGGGCAACCACCACAGAAACGCAUUCAUCUCAUGAUAAGUUCCGAGAGACAAUUCCAGUCACGUACAAGCCUGCGCCAGACGGAAAGGAAAUUAAGAAUGACGGUGUCAUAUACAUCAAGGACUAUGAAACCGACAGUCUAGUCCCCGGUGGGUCAGUCACUCCCGUGGCAUCACCUUCUGGGGCCAAGGUCUCCACUGUGGGACAGUUUAAGGAGGCAUCCCCUCCUGGCUUUCCAGGAACUACAAGGCGGAAUCCCCCAAGCCCAGCCCAGCCUGAGAUGCUACAGACAGACCCACCUGUUACCAGCUCUGCAGAAGCUCUUACAGACUCACCCGUUUUAAAAGAGUUGGAGGACCUAGGUUUUCCUUCUGAGUUUUCACCUUCUGCUACAGUCUCCACACCCUUUCAAAAGGAAGAAGUGGUUCCUUCAGCUACCCUCUCCAUCAUAAAAGCGGAGGCAACGUCACGUCAGGCAGAAACCACCAGCCGUGGUCGGAGUCAUCAUGAAACCCCUCCAGCUGUUCUCCGUUCUGACAUUCGACCCCAGAAUCAAGUCUCCACACCUGCCCCGGGGGAGGAGCCAACGUCAUCACUCCCACCCACAAUGUCAUCACUCCCACCCACGACUCUUGAGUCUUUGGUACCAACCACCACAAAGCCCACACCUCUUACUUCAAGGCCAUCACCAACAUCAAACGCUUCCAAAGAAAACAUUUUCUUCAAUUACGUGGGGACCCCAGAGACCAAAACACCUUCAGCGAGUAAGGAAGGAACUCAGCACAUAUUGAAGCCAAAAGAAUUAUCCACUCCCUCUUCCAACCAGGACAAAUUUACCUUCACGCCAAAACAGGAGUUAGGAAAGGAAGCAUUUGAUGGUACAACCAAAAGCAUCCUUCCGCGAGGUCCAGAUAGUCACCAAGUUUUCCACCAACCAGCCAGGGUUCCUGCCAAACCGAGUCCACCGAUAGGAACUGUGCGGCCACCACACACGGCCACACAGAGCUCCUUUAAAUACUUUGUCACUUUCCAGCCCCCUCGUCACCUGACCAAUGAACCAGAAGUCACCACGUAUCCAUCGAGGGUUUUGCCGGAGGAUAAGCACUUUCCGACUCCAAAACUACCAAGUUCCAUGACUACCGCGGUUCCUUUGCCUACGUCCAAACCUAGCAUUCCUAGUAAGUCGACUGACCAAGGAACUGACCGGUUCACCAGCAGCUCCAAAUUGUUUGGAAAUAACAACAUCCCCAAUCUAAGAGACCCCGUUGACAAGCUUCCAAAACCAAGACUUCCUCAUUAUCCCAGUGGAAGAUUCCCUUUCUUUUUCAACAGGACCCUCUCUUUCCCACAGUUGGCAGUUACUCCGAAGCCUCAGAUACCCACCUCUCCUGCCCCAGUGACAAGAGAGGGAAAAGUCAACCCAGGUGCCUACAAUAGGAUACAUUCGAAGAGCAUCUUCCAUGUGGACUUUGGUCCCCCCGCACCUCCUGUAGUGUACCUUCCCCGGACCACAGCGCCACCCUCAACGAACUUACGAAACAUCCCUCUGGUCUAUUCCACCCGGAGCUCCAUUCCUUUCAUGACAUCUUCUGCCCAGCCUUCCAGAAGCUUCCAUCAGAGCAGCUCAAAGCUCUUCUCUUCCGGAGGACCACCUGCAUCCAAAUUCUGGACGCUUGGGGAAAAGCCCCAAAUUAUCACCAAAUCCCCCCAGACCGUGUCCGUCACUGCGGAGACGGAUGUCGUGUUCCCAUGUGAGGCUACGGGGAAACCCAAGCCUUUCGUGACUUGGACGAAGGUGUCCACAGGUGCUCUCAUGACCCCAAACACCAGGGUGCAGCGGUUUGAAGUCCUGAAGAACGGCACCUUCGUCAUCCGAAACGUACAGGUGCAGGACCGCGGCCAGUACAUGUGCACGGCCAAGAACCUGCACGGAGCCGACAGGAUGGCGGUCCUGCUGUCCGUCUCCGUGCAGCAGCCCCAGGUCCUCGCCUCCCACUACAAGGAUGUCACCGUCUACCUGGGCGACACCAUCGCCAUGGAGUGUCUGGCGAAGGGGACCCCGGCUCCCCAGAUCUCCUGGAUUUUCCCCGACGGGAGGGUCUUGCACACUGUGUCCCCCGUGGAGGGCCGGAUCACGCUGCACGAAAACCGGACCCUCUCCAUCAAGGAGGCGUCCUUCCAAGACCGGGGGGUGUACAAGUGCGUGGCCAGCAACGCCGCGGGCGCCGACAGCCUCGCCAUCCGCCUGCACGUGGCGGCCCUCCCGCCGGUCAUCCAGCAGGAGAAGCUGGAGAACAUCUCCCUGCCCCCGGGCCUCAGCAUCCACGUGCACUGCACCGCCAAGGCCGCGCCCCUGCCCAGCGUGCGCUGGGUCCUCCGGGACGGGACGCAGAUCCGCCCGUCGCAGUUCAUCCACGGCAACCUCUUCGUCUUCCCCAACGGGACCCUCUACAUCCGCAACCUGGCGCCCAAGGACAGCGGCCGCUACGAGUGCGUGGCCGCCAACCUGGUGGGCUCAGCGCGGAGGACCGUGCAACUCACCGUGCAGCGCGCCGCCGCCAACGCGCGCAUCACCGGCUCCUCCCCGCACAGGACCGACGUCCGCUACGGGGGGACCCUCCAGCUGGACUGCAGCGCCUCCGGGGACCCCUGGCCCCGCAUCCUCUGGAGACUGCCAUCCAAGAGGAUGAUCGACGCACUCUUCAGCUUUGAUACCAGGAUCAAGGCGUUCGUCAACGGGACCCUGGUGGUGAAAUCCGUCACGGACAAAGACGCGGGGGACUACCUGUGCAUCGCCCGCAAUAAGGUCGGAGAUGACUUUGUCGCGCUCAAGGUCAACGUGGUCAUGAGGCCGGCCAAGAUCGAACACAAGGAGGAGAACGACCACAGGGUCUUUUACGGGGGGGACCUCAAAGUGGACUGCUUGGCCACCGGGCUCCCCAACCCCGAGAUCUCCUGGAGCCUCCCGGAUGGGAGCCUGGUCAACUCGUUCGUGCAGUCCGACGACAGCGGGGGGAGGACCAAGCGCUACGUGGUUUUCAACAACGGGACCCUCUACUUCAACGAGGUGGGGUUGCGCGAGGAAGGGGACUACACCUGCUUUGCGGAAAAUCAGGUUGGCAAGGAUGAGAUGAGGGUGCGCGUCAAGGUGGUGACCGAGCCGGCCGCCAUCCGGAACAAGACGUACUCCGUGGUCCAGGUGCCCUACGGCGACGUGGUCACCGUGGCCUGUGAGGCCAAAGGGGAGCCCACACCCAGGGUGACCUGGCUUUCUCCAACCAACAGGCUGAUCCCCACGUCCUCCGAGAAGUACCAGAUAUACGAGGACGGCACUCUGCUCAUCCAGAAAGCCCAGCGCUCGGACAGCGGCAACUACACCUGCGUGGUCAGGAACAGCGCCGGGGAGGACAGGAAGACGGUCUGGAUUCACGUCCAGGUCCGGGCGCCCAAGAUCAACGGGAACCCCGACGCCAUCACCACGGUGCGGGAGAUCGCCCCGGGAGGGAGCCGCAAGCUCAUCGACUGCCAGGCGGAAGGCAUCCCCGCGCCAAGGGUGCUGUGGGCCUUUCCCGAGGGCGUGGUCCUGCCCGCCCCUUACUAUGGCAACCGCAUCACCAUCCACCGCAACGGUACCCUGGACAUCAAGAGCCUGAGAAAGAGCGACUCCGUCCAGCUCACCUGCAUCGGACGUAACGAAGGCGGGGAGGCCAGGCUCGUCGUGCAGCUGACCGUCUUGGAGCCGGUGGAGAAGCCGGUCUUCCACGACCCGGUCAGCGAGAAGAUCACCGCCAUGGCCGGCCACACCAUCAGCCUCAACUGCUCGGCGUCGGGAAGCCCGACGCCCACGCUGCUGUGGGUCCUCCCCAACGGCACGGAGCUGCCCCGCGGCCACCAGCUGCAGAGGUUCUACCACAAGGGCGACGGGAUGCUCCACGUCAGCGGCCUCUCGUCCGUGGACGCCGGGGCUUACCGCUGCGUGGCCCGCAACGCGGCCGGCUACUCAGAGAGGCUCGUGUCCCUGAAGGUGGGGCUGAAGCCUGAAACGAGCAAGCAGUACCACAACCUGGUCACCAUCCUCAACGGGGAGACCCUGCAGCUGCCCUGCACCCCCGUGGGGGCCCGGCAGACGCGCGCCUCGUGGACGCUGCCCAGCGGCGUGCUGCUGGAGGGGCCCCAGGCCCGAGGACGCCUCGUCCUCUGGGAGAACGGUACCCUCACGGUGCGCGACGCCUCGGUCUUCGACAGGGGCACCUACGUGUGCAGGGCGGACACCGAGUACGGCCCCUCCGUGGUGACCGUCCCGGUGAUCGUCAUCGCCUACCCUCCGAGGAUCACCAGCGAGCCCACGCCCGUCAUCUACGUCCGGCCCGGGGGCACCGUGAAGCUGAACUGCAUGGCCAUGGGCAUUCCCAGGGCCGAGGUGACCUGGGAGCUGCCGGGCGGGUCGCGCCUGACCGCGGGGACGCAGCCCCGGGUCUACGGCAACCGGUCCCUUCACCCGCAGGGUUCCUUAACCAUCCAGCAGGCCACCCAGAGAGAUGCCGGCUUCUACAAGUGCACCGCCAAGAACCUCCUGGGCAGUGACUCCAAGGCCACCUACAUCCACGUCUACUGAAACCCGGAGAGCGCAGCCGGGACUCCGCGGCCGGCCGGCCCCGUCGCUUGGGGAGUGGGACCAAAGCCUCCUCUGUAAGCAGCGCUGGGGCCCAAGAGGAGAGGCGGCGCUCUGAAAGGAUGCGUCGCGGGGCCCGGUGGUCCCCUCCCAGUCGGGCGUCAGGCUCACGUUGACCUCGACCCGCGCGUGCGGACGACGAAAGGAAGCCACGCAGACACUGGAAGCAGGUGUCGCCCUCUCCGGGGGACGUGCCUUCAUGUUUACAGGAUGCCGUAGUUCACAGGACGCGCGCGCACAUGGCAGUUUCUCUGCUGCCACCCUGGUGCUUGAAAGGGGUGUCUGUCAGAUAUCUAAGGAGCGUUCGCGGCAAAGAAACGGUAGAGAUUCCCAGUGCCUUGCUGCCCCGUGGAGGAUGCAUUUUACCUAGUUAACCAGCUGCCGUUUUAACAUGCUAGAACAGUCUAGAAUGAGUACCCGUCUUUCCAUUUCUUUUUUUUUUCUUUUCCCCCGUCCCUUCAAAAAUCCAGUUCGCCCGACAAAGGCUGAGAACCGGAGCGAUGGGUCUGUUUUGUUUUGUUUUGUUUUCACGUACAGGUGUCAUACCGUACAGCUCCCAUUUUAUACGAGAGAACGCUUUCUCCCUGGAACUCACUUUUUAUAUAGUGUUUUAUAUAUAUAUAUAUAUAUAUUUUUUUUUCUUUCUAAUCAGACGAUGAGAGUAGAAAGAGAAAGACGUACUUUCUGUCUCAUUAUACGUAAUAAAUUAUUGGUCUUUACAAGACUUGGGUACCUUAGAGCAGGCGUGGACAUGCAGUUAAGACAAGAUUCCUCCCUGACGUCCUUGAAAUGCAUUAACCACUGUUGCCUUACCGCGCCCAGGGACCCUCCGGUGGGGGAUGCUGAGAUAUCGGGCGUCCUUGUUUAUAGUAAAGUUAUCCGGAGAGAGCUGUGUGUGUGUGCGUGGGGACAGGGACAGGGAGGGCACAGGACAGGGAGGACAAGGCUACGUUCUGACCCCGCAGCAUAAAUGCAGAGCCUUGCGGAGAAGCCCGGAAAUACCUUUGCUCCCGUCAGUGUGUGUCCACGAAAAGUAGAUGUGUUAUUUCCAUGACUGCUUUCCUGUAUUUUGAAGGUCAACAUAACGUACAUUGGAUAAUAAAGUAAUAUUUUCCAGACAA